AUGGCCAAAUCCGCCUCCCAGAUUCACCGCGCCUGGUGGAAGGAAUGCUCCGUUUAUCAGAUCUGGCCUGCUUCAUAUAAGGAUUCGAACGAUGAUGGCAUCGGUGACAUUCCCGGAAUCAUUUCCAAGCUGGACUAUAUUAAGAAUAUAGGUGUGGACAUUGUUUGGUUGUGUCCUUCAUACAAAUCGCCCCAGGUGGACAUGGGCUAUGAUAUUGCCGAUUACUACAGCAUUGCGGAUGAGUACGGCACGGUCGCGGAUGUCGAAAAGCUCAUCCAGGGGUGCCACGAGCGGGGCAUGAAGCUUCUUAUGGACCUUGUGGUCAACCACACUAGUGAUCAGAAUGAGUGGUUCAAGCAGUCGCGCAGCUCCAAGGAUAAUGAGUAUCGCAAUUGGUAUGUGUGGAAGCCGGCUAGGUAUGAUGAGCAGGGUAAUCGGCACCCGCCCAACAACUGGGUGUCGCAUUUUCAGGGUAGUGCCUGGGAAUGGGACGAGCACACGCAGGAAUACUACCUCCACCUCUAUGCGGUAGAACAGCCCGAUCUCAAUUGGGAACACCCGCCCGUCCGCAAGGCGGUUCAUGAUAUCAUGCGCUUCUGGCUAGACAAGGGCGCGGAUGGAUUCCGCAUGGAUGUCAUCAACUUCGUCAGCAAAGACCAACGCUUCCCGGACGCUCCUGUGAAGGACCCUCGUACCCCUUGGCAGUGGGGAGACAAGUACUACGCCAAUGGACCGAGACUGCAUGAAUACCUCGCAGACCUGGGUAAGAUCUUGAAGGAGUAUGACGCCUUCAGUGUCGGCGAGAUGCCCUUCGUUAGAGAUACCGAGGAGGUGCUCCGCGCUGUGCGCUACGACCGGAACGAGAUCAACAUGAUUUUCAACUUUGAGCAUGUGGACAUUGACCACGGAACUUACGACAAGUUCGAGCCUGGAAGCUGGAAGCUCACUGAUCUGAAGGCCUUCUUUGAGACGUGGCAGAAGUUUAUGUACAACAAUGAUGGGUGGAAUGCUCUUUACUGGGAGAACCACGAUCAGCCGCGGUCGAUUGAUCGCUAUGCACAGGCAAAGGAGGAAUUCCGCACAGAGGCAGGUAAAAUGCUGGCGACAGUUCUUGCGCUGCAGUCUGGUACGCCGUUUGUGUAUCAGGGUCAGGAAAUUGGAAUGAGGAACGUCCCCAUCGAGUGGGACAUGAAUGAGUAUAAGGACAUCGACUGCCUUAACCACUGGCAUCGACUUCUUAAGUACAGGCCCGAUGACAUCGAAGCCCAGAAGAGCGCCCGUCAAGAGUACCAGAAGAAAUCCCGAGACAACGGCCGCACACCGGUGCAGUGGUCCAGCGCACCGAACGGUGGAUUCACCGGCCCCAGUGCAAAGCCUUGGAUGUCCGUCAACCCGGACUAUGUUCGCUUCAAUGCUGAAGCGCAGGUCAAUGACCCAAACUCGAUCUACCAUUACUGGGCCGCCGUCCUUGGACUGCGCAAGAAAUACCUCGACAUCUUUGUUUACGGCGAUUACGACUUGGUUGAUAAGGACAGCCAGGAGAUCUUUGCCUACUCUCGUCAGUAUGAGGAUCAGAAGGCUCUGGUUCUCACUAACUGGACUGAAAACACACUGGAGUGGGAUGCUACCGCCAAUGGCGUGAAGGGAGCCAAGGACGUCGUUUUGAACUCAUAUGAAAGCGCUGAAGCGGCGAAGGGGCGGUUCUCGGGACAGAAGUGGUCUCUACGCCCGUAUGAAGCAGUUGUUCUGUUGGUAGAGGCUUAA